AUGGUACAACGGGAGUGCAAAGCAACUGAAACCACUGGUCAAAGUUCAGCGACGCGCUCUCUACCUGAUUUGUGCAGCCUUCAAAACCACACCAAAGGCGGCCUCUGGGCGGCCUUAGAGAUCGAAGCCUCCAUCCCACCAAUCCACAUCCAGCUCAAGCAGCAAAUCACACGAUGUGCGAUUCGGUUCAACAAGCUAGGCUCCACCAACCCAAUUAUGCAAAGACUCCCGGACACCUGGCGCGAAGGACUGAAACCGACUGCUCCACCCCCUCUACCCCCAAAACUGUACAACCACUCUGCGGCUGAUUCCCGGAGAACCAGCCCUCUAUUAGACAUCGCAGCGGAUCGAUCCGUACCUAAUUCCUCCAUGGCGAAAGACAACAACGAGCUAUGGCCAUCGUGCAAAGAACUAAUCUCCGAGCUCACCAAGUCAAACCAGAAUCUCCUCGUCUACUCAGACGGAUCGCUCAUUAAAAAAUCGGGCUUCUCAAGGACAGGAGCAGCUGCAGUUGUUUACCACGAGGGCCGCGAGAUUAAUUCUGAGAAGAUGGGCAUAGGAGAAAGAGCGGAAGUCUACGACGCAGAGAUGGCAGGUCUGAUGAUGGGCGCAAGGAUGGCGGUAAAGUAUGCUAGAUCCCACCCCCAGAUCAACAACAUCUACUUCUUCGCAGACAAUACCGCAGGUGUACGAGCCAUCUUCAACCCUAAACCACGAACAGGACAACUAUAUGCUGCAAGGUUCCACAAGAAAAUCUGCCACUUCCUCGACGAGAACCCCGAACACCAAAUGUCGGUGUCAUGGUGCCCCGGCCAUACUAACAUAAAAGGGAAUGAACGGGCCGACGAACUCGCAAAGGAAGCCACCACUCUUCAGUGGAACGCACCGAUCGGGACAACGCGAGCCCAUGCAAUACGCUGGGCAAAGCUCUCCUCUGAACGGCUAUGGACUAGAGAGUGGAAGGCCGCGGCCCAGGCCGGAGCCGGGCCUAGGCCGUGGGAAGCCGUGACGGACGGCUCAGGCUUCAAAUAUCGUGAGCCUGAGCCUGCCAAAGCCGGGCCUAAGCCGCGGCUUUCAGGCCGAGCCGGGCCGGGAAACCACUACCUCCCAACAAUUCUGGGUACGAGAUCAGGGAUACAAGCCCUGACGACCUUCCUCCAAAAGAGUUGUGCAUUCACAAUGAAUGGUCAACGGCCCGAGGAGCGUACCCCACCUCUGUUCGAUGAAGAACCUGAGGUCUCCGAAUCAGACGACGAUGACCCUUAG